CGGGGCUGAUCAUGAAGACAUUAGCCGUCUUGCAUGCGGGGCCCUUUUCUCACUUUUUUAUUUCAGCUGUUUCAGGAAGUGGGCCAGACUCACCAAAAUCAGGAAACUAGCUGCUGCUAUUAAUAUUACGGCGCUUAACCUCUGGUUGCGCCAAUGCCGUCUCAGCAGAGGGGGAAAGGCCGUCCAGCAGACCCGAGAAACUGAAAGAAAGGUCUAUAUUUGCGCAGAUGCCACAUUUUGCCGGGUGAGUGGCUGCUAGUCGUCCUAACCAUGGAAGGAGUCGUCCCCAUCUCCGAGUCAGGAGCCGAAUCCCCCACCAAGUGUACACUGUUAAUUCUGCACACUGCCGAGGCACAGGAGUGGGCAAAGUAUUUGCAGAUGAUCCUGAACUCCUCCACUGAAUUGUGCAAAAGGUCCAUUUUGUUGUACACCGUCGGCCUGGCCGAUCAGCUCCACGAAUACAACUUUGAAUGUUUCCACAGCAUCAAGUGCGUUGUGCUGCUGUUGACGGCGGCCUUUUUGGACAUUCUUCAUGACGUUCAGCUGUGCGAAGCACUCCAGAGACUCCUUCAUCCUCCACACAAAGUGGUGGUGCUGCUGUGCGGUUUGUCGGAGGAUGAUGUACUCCCCGGGAACUUUGAACACUGGCCCAGCUGGAGGAAACUCCAUGCUGAGGACGAGCCUGCCCUCUACAUCUCCACCGUUCUCGAGUGCAUCACUUACAGCAAACAAGAGGAGGCUGAGCAGCAGAGCGCCGCUUCAGACUAUGCAGAGUCACAGAUCGCGCCGGCCUCUUUGGCUGGGAAUCAAAUAUCUGGAGAAACAGAGGAAGAAAAACCAGUAGGGGAAAAGGACACCGGCUGGGAAGACGUAGAAAAUGUGACCCCAGAAACAUCCACAAGCGAGGAAAUUAUCACCUGCCUCACCGUUCAACCAACCAGAGUUCUGUGUGGGGACCGUGUGACCAUCUUCAUCAUCCUUACACGAAAACUGGACAAACAGUUAAAUUUAGAGGUGGAUUUCUUCUCUGAGAACAUCACUCCGACACGGGUCACAGGGACUUUCGAGAACGAAUAUACCGUCAGUGUCACCGCCCCUGAUUUGCCUGCUGGAGUGGUGUCACUGGUGUUGUACACCGAUCAGUCUCCCGUCUGCUUGAGGCCCAUUACAUACUAUACCAACAUGGGAGAGGUCAGCCGCCAUCUUGAAAACGCCACUGAUCCCAUGGAAUUCAUUAGCCAGGCGUUCAACAUCACAGCCAAUAUAACGGAAUCGCUGGACGACAUUUUAACCGCCUCGCUACAAUCCAGGAUGCCUGCGGACAAGCUUAAUCUGUUUGGAAAUAGACAGAUUGAAGAAGACAAUAUGUCAGCAUACCAGCGAACCGAGGAGCUUCCCACAGUGCUUCACUUUUCUGCCAAGUACGGCCUGAAGAAGCUGACCAAGGUCCUCCUCAAGUGUCCCGGGGCUUUGCAGGCUUACAGUGUGAUGAACAAGGAUGGAGACUACCCAAAUACACUGGCGGAGAAGAGCGGCUUCUCAGAUCUCAGACAGUUCAUGGAUGACUUUGUCGAGACGGUCGACAUACUCAAGAGCCAAAUGAGCGACUCCAUCGCCACGGAGGAGGAUGGGGAGGUGUAUGAGUUUAUGUCAACAGUAAACACUGAAGACGUCAUCGCCACGGAGGAGGAUGGGGAGGUGUAUGAGUUUAUGUCAACAGUAAACACUGAAGACGUCAUCGCCAAGUACUCGAGUGGCACAGAGGACAUCUAUGAGUCAAUGUUGGGGAUAGACCCUGAUUGCAUUGAGGACCUAUAUGAAGUGAUGAAUGCGGCAGAAGAGUGUCAGAACCCUGAGGAGGCUAUGCUGAGAAAGUUCUUCCAACCAACACCUGGGUCAAGUCAAGCCCAAGAUGAAGAGAAUAAAGUAAUAUCUGAGGAAGAGGCAAAAGGUGAGCAAGAUGACUUGGAGAGGUAUGAGGAAGAGGAGGACCCAUACAACCUCUUCCCAGAAGAUGUCUAUUACGCUGUAGAUGAAAAAGCAAUUUAUAGGCCAGAUGUAUGGAAUCGUCCCCCAGCCCCAGUACCCAGACCUGAAGCUUCUGAGCACAAGCAGCCCCAAACGUACAUCUCCAGAGUCUUUUCAGAAACAACGACCCCAAAGUGUACGAACAUGGAGUCCAUUAAAGACUUCUAUACGACACAGGACUAUGCUGAGAUGACGACCCCUGGACAGAAGCAGCUCAUCGCUCUGCAGGACAGGGUGAAGAUAGGCAAAAUUAGUGUGGACGAGGCAGUCUUAGAGUUCAGGGCCUGGAAGUUGGACCAUGAGCAAAGGUCUAGCUCCAUUCGCUAUCAGCAGCAAAAUCUGCAGAGGCUACGAGAAAGCAUCACCAGGCGCCACAAAGAGAGGGAGAAGAUUGGAAAGGAGCUCGAUUACGAAAUAACCGCUCCACUCCAGAGCGACUGGGGCUGUGCUGUGUCAUUGGAGUGUGCUGUGUAUGAAUCCUCCCCUCAACUGGUAGCCCCUGCGCCUCCAUACACCUGUACCAUCAAGAGAGGAAACUGGAAGACAGGCAGCAACUCCAGCUCAUCCAGUAUAGAGAGUAACAGACUCAGCACACACAGCACCAUUAGCUACAGCAGUGGGACAGAACCUGAUUUUGAGGACACAGCGGACAUCAUCCCUCGUCGACAACAGCCCCCACGGCCAUCAGAUGCUGCGCCUGUCAUUCCUCCACCAAGGAUUCCUCCACGAGUCCCAGGAAGGGUACCAGAGAACACGUUGGAUGAUCGGUACAUAUCCUACCCUACCAGAGCUCUUCCUCAAAUACCUUCUCACAGGGGCACCUCACUACCCCCCAUACCUCGCCGGACGCGGUGAUUGACGUGCAGACUCCAAAAAAAACAGUCUUGCUUUAUUCCGAUAUGAAGAGGUUAUACAUUUGUGUGAGACAGUGGCCAUUAUCCCAAUGUGAAUAUUACUAUAGUGAAAAUGGAUUCUGGGACAUGCACUGAUAGAGGCACGCUUGGCCGCUCGUGUUGUUGUUUUGGGUGUUUGUUGAGUUUAGUAGGUCCCAGUUUGUUUGUUUGUUGUGCGAUCUGGUUCAUCACAAGGAUCAUAUGCAGUAAGCCCUGUUAUACCAAAGGGACGUUUUGCAAAGUGCAGGCUGUGUUCAGUCAGUGUCAGUGGUUCUCUACUCCAGUCUCCCGGGUACCCCGAGUGGUCCUGGUUUUCCGUCCUUCCGGUUAGUUCAUUACGCCCACCUGCUAUGCCAGAUGCCAAAACUCCCUGAUUAGACAGCGGACACACGUGGCAGAAUGGAGAACAUGUGGCGCUUGUGGUCUCUGUGCUAAGUGAACACCUUUAGAAUAAUGAUGUUGUAAGUCUGCACGUUGUUGCCGGGUGUAUGUUACUGCUGUUUUUUUCACGCUACGAUAAUAAACAAA